GCUGCUACUACCUGCACUUUCCUUCAAGCGUGUCCGUGCUGAACGGAGACAGGAAUACCUUCCUGGCUGGAGGUAUCUUCAUUGUUAUAUUUCAGUGGUCGCAAUCACUCAAAUCUCAUCUACAAUGGCGACGUCCAGUCCUUGUGUUGUGAUCAGCGAUGACGAGCAGGGCUACGACCUGGACCUCUUCUGCAUACCAAAGCACUACGCCACCGAUCUGGAGAGGGUCUACAUUCCACAUGGACUUAUUCAGGACAGGACGGAGCGCCUGGCGCGAGAGAUCAUGAAGGACAUGGGCGGCCACCACAUUGUGGCGCUGUGCGUGCUGAAGGGCGGCUACAAGUUCUUCGCGGACCUCCUGGACUACAUCAAGGCCCUCAACCGCAACAGCGACCGCUCCAUUCCCAUGACCGUCGACUUCAUCCGGCUUAAGAGCUAUUGUAAUGACCAAUCUACAGGAGAGAUUAAAGUGAUUGGUGGAGAUGAUUUGUCCACGCUCACGGGGAAGAAUGUCCUCAUUGUUGAGGACAUCAUUGACACUGGGAAGACAAUGAAAACCUUGCUGGAGCUGCUGAAACAGUACAAACCAAAAAUGGUCAAAGUGGCCAGUCUGCUGGUAAAGAGGACACCAAGAAGUGUAGGCUACAGACCUGACUUUGUAGGAUUUGAAGUUCCCGACAAGUUUGUGGUGGGCUACGCGCUAGACUAUAAUGAAUAUUUCAGAGAUCUCAAUCACAUCUGCGUCAUCAGUGAAACGGGGAAGGAGAAGUACAAGGAGGGAGUAUGAAGAGGGCCGCCACUGCACUGCACUUCACCUCACUUCAUUUUCCUCCUCUUGUACAGCCGUGUAUCAUUUCUUUUUACCGAUGCUCAUUUUCGUUUCUUUUUUAUCCUUCCCUUUUGUUUGGUUUGUGGUCACCACACAGUUUGGUGCUGUAGUUCACCACCACCACACAAUACGCAGGGGUUCCACUCAGGGGGCAGCAUUGGAGGUGCCGAAAGAAAAGUGUGUGUGUGUGUGUGUGCGCGCGUACGCGACUGCGUGUGGAUGUGCUCUUUGUGUGUGUUUGGUCUAUGUACACGUGUAUGUGUAAGAGAAGGGAAAGGGAGAGUGAGAGCGCAAACCCAACAAAGUACUUCACGUUGGCGUUGACCUUUCGGCCCGUAUAGUGUCUGUGGAAACCUAGAGGGGGCCUACACACAAGUGUAACCCACAAAGCAUCAUCACCCUUGACUGGCCCACAUGGCCUAGUGCCGUGGAACUGCAUGCCUGCAAUUUGGUCAAAUUGGAAAAAACACAUUUGUCCCAGCAGUAUGGGCCACUUUAUAAUUUAUUUCAGUGUAAUUUGUCUUUGUUUUAAUUCAUAGAGAUUUUUGUUUUAAACAAAAAAUCUGUAGUAGAUUUGGGGAAGGUUACAAGAAUUUAUAUCCAUAUGACAUUUUUGCUUCAUGAACAACUGUGUGCUGUUAUUUGCAACAUGCAUUCAUUCUUUAUGAUCAGGGCUCUAAAUUAAUACCAUCCAACUGGCCUAAUGCUGGUGAAAAUUCAGUUUGGCUGGUGGAAAAUAAAAUGUACUAGCCACUUUGACCCAUAAGUGAGUGUGUGUUUGGCUUGUAAGAUUAAAAGUAACACCUACUAGCCAUUUUGACAGGUGAUGAAAGUUAAUUUAAAGCCCUGGUUAUGAUAUAUCCAGUGCCACAUAUUCCAAAUGACCUGAUUCCAAAUAGACCGGUAAAACCACUUGGAAUAUGUGACAUUGAAUUGUAAUGUAAUGAAUCAAGGUUGCCUAUCACUGACUGUGUGUGUGUGAUGAUGAAUCAACUAUACUGAGUGAAGUGUACGACAUUUAGACAAUUCUCACCUUUGAUGAGGGAUAAAGGACAUGUUAUUUUAGCUUGACACAAAAACUCACUGACAUCCAAUGGAUGAAAUGCUUCAUGGCAAAAUCAAGUGUGGUUCUUCAAUGUUUUAAGAAGAAAUACAAUGCUGGUAUAUGCUAUUGCAACAAGCUGUCAGACAAGCAAAGCAUGUUUUCUGUGGGUCUGUACAAAAAAAUACAAUCAUAUGUCUUUGUGUUUUUAAUCAGUGGUCAUGCAUUUUCAAUUGCGUACUCUCUGCUAAAUAUGGAUUCGUUAUGUUUGAUAAGAAGCCAAAACGGUCAG